GUCAGGUUGGAAGGUGGCGGGGUCGUUGGGAAAGUGGAGCCGCGGCAGACAUGGCGGAUGUUACCGCUCGCAGUUUGCAGUAUGAGUAUAAAGCGAAUUCCAACCUUGUGUUACAAGCAGAUCGUUCCUUAAUUGACCGAACGAGGCGAGAUGAGCCAACAGGAGAAGUACUGUCGCUGGUGGGAAAGCUGGAAGGGUCCCGGAUGGGAGACAAAGCUCAGAGGACAAAACCACAGCUGCAAGAGGAGAGGCGAGCAAAGCGUAGGAAGCGUGAUGAAGAUCGUCAUGACAUGAAUAAAAUGAAAGGAUAUACAUUACUGUCAGAGGGCAUUGAUGAGAUGGUUGGCAUUGUGUACAAACCAAAAACAAAAGAGACAAGAGAGACCUAUGAGGUGCUACUUAGCUUCAUUCAGGCUGCACUUGGUGACCAGCCCCGUGAUAUUCUCUGUGGAGCUGCAGAUGAGGUCUUGGCUGUGUUGAAAAAUGAUAAACUGCGUGAUAAGGAACGACGAAAGGAGAUAGAAAUGCUGCUGGGACAAUUGGAAGAUACUCGCUACCAUGUGCUAGUAAACUUGGGAAAAAAAAUUAGUGACUAUGGAGGAGACAAAGAGGUUCAGAAUAUGGAUGACAAUAUUGAUGAGACGUAUGGAGUUAAUGUGCAGUUUGAGUCUGAUGAGGAGGAGGGAGACGAAGAUGCAUUUGGUGAAGUGCGGGAAGAAGCAUCAGAUGAGGACACAGAAGGCGAGGAAGCAGACAUUAGCUGCACUCUUUCUGCUAACCUGGGCACUGCCGGAGAUGCACUCAGCGCAAAGAAGAAAGACCUUCACCCCCGGGACAUUGACGCCUUCUGGCUCCAGAGGCAGCUCAGUCGCUUCUAUGAUGAUGCUAUCAUGUCGCAAAAGAAAGCUGACGAAGUGCUGGAUAUUCUUAAGACAGCUGGAGAUGAUCGAGAGUGUGAGAAUCAGCUUGUCUUGCUUCUUGGAUUUAACACUUUUGAUUUUAUCAAAGUCUUGCGUCAACAUCGCAUGAUGAUUCUGUACUGCACUCUACUGGCUAGUGCCCAGAGUGAGGCAGAGAAGGAGAGGAUCCAGAAUAAGAUGGAGGCAGAUGCAGAACUUUCCAAGAUUCUCUAUAAACUUCAGGAAACUGAAAAAGAGGACAUAAUUCGGGAAGAAAGAUCUCGUAGAGAACGAGUUCGCCAGUCUCGUGUGGAUACAGACCUUGAAGCAAUGGAUCUCGAUAGAGAAGGGGAGAUUCUGGCCCCCAGACAAGUUUUGGAUUUAGAAGACCUGGCCUUUACACAGGGAAGUCACCUCAUGGCAAACAAGCGAUGUCAGCUACCAGAUGGCUCAUUCCGCAAGCAGCGCAAGGGAUAUGAGGAAGUGCACGUACCAGCUCUUAAGCCCAAACCCUUCAGUUCUGAUGAGCAACUGAUAUCCAUUGAGAAGAUGCCCAAAUAUACACAAGCUGCAUUUGAAGGCUUUAAGACACUGAAUCGAAUUCAGAGUAAAUUAUGUAGGGCAGCCAUGGAAACAGAUGAAAACCUUCUGUUGUGUGCUCCCACUGGAGCUGGCAAAACAAAUGUAGCUCUAAUGUGCAUGUUACGUGAGAUUGGAAAGCAUAUCAACCUGGAUGGGACCAUAAAUGUGGAUGACUUCAAGAUUAUUUAUGUGGCACCAAUGAGAUCUUUGGUGCAGGAGAUGGUGGGCAGUUUCAGUAAGCGUUUAGCAAGUUAUGGGAUCAGUGUUGCAGAGCUGACAGGAGACCAUCAAUUAUGUAAAGAGGAGAUCAAUGCAACCCAGGUGAUAGUGUGCACCCCAGAGAAAUGGGAUAUCAUCACUCGUAAAGGAGGAGAACGUACCUACACUCAAAUAGUGCGACUCAUGAUCAUUGAUGAGAUUCAUCUCCUGCAUGAUGAUCGUGGUCCAGUACUAGAGGCUUUGGUUGCCCGGACAAUUAGAAACAUUGAGAUGACUCAGGAAGAUGUGCGGUUAGUUGGAUUGAGUGCCACAUUGCCCAACUAUGAAGAUGUUGCUACGCUGCUGAGAGUUGAUCCAGCUAAGGGCCUUUUUUACUUCGAUAACAGUUUUCGUCCUGUUCCUUUGGAGCAGACAUAUGUUGGAAUCACAGAGAAGAAAGCCAUCAAGCGUUUCCAGAUUAUGAAUGAGAUUGUGUAUGAGAAGGUGAUGGAGCAUGCUGGGAAGAAUCAGGUGUUGGUGUUUGUUCAUUCUCGUAAGGAAACGGGAAAGACAGCACGAGCAAUCCGAGAUAUGUGCCUGGAGAAGGAUACACUGGGUUUGUUCCUGCGAGAGGGCUCAGCUUCUACAGAAGUGCUGCGCACAGAGGCAGAACAGUGCAAGAAUCUGGAGUUGAAAGACCUACUCCCCUACAGUUUUGCGAUUCACCAUGCUGGGAUGACGAGAGUGGAUCGAACACUGGUAGAAGAUCUGUUUGCUGACAGGCAUAUUCAGGUGCUGGUGUCCACAGCAACUCUGGCUUGGGGUGUGAAUCUGCCUGCUCACACUGUUAUUAUUAAAGGCACACAGGUGUACAGCCCAGAGAAGGGCCGCUGGACUGAACUGGGUGCACUGGAUGUACUUCAGAUGUUAGGCCGUGCAGGACGACCACAGUAUGACACGAAGGGUGAAGGUAUCCUGAUUACGUCGCACGGCGAGUUGCAGUAUUACCUGUCCCUUCUCAACCAGCAGCUGCCAAUCGAGAGCCAGAUGAUCACCAAACUCCCUGACAUGCUCAAUGCAGAGAUUGUUCUUGGAAAUGUUCAGACUGCCAAGGAUGCUGUUAAUUGGUUGGGGUACACAUACCUUUAUAUCCGGAUGUUGAGAACUCCCAAUCUAUAUGGGAUAUCGCAUGAUGAGUUGAAGAAUGAUCCCCUGCUGGAACAGCGUAGACUAGAUCUCAUUCACACCGCUGCCCUCAUCCUUGACAAAAACAACCUUGUAAAGUAUGAUAAAAAAGGUGGAAACUUUCAGGUCACUGAUCUGGGCCGUAUUGCAAGUCACUAUUAUAUCACACAUGAAAGUAUGGCCACCUACAAUCAGCUUCUGAAACCCACCCUCAGCGAGAUUGAGUUGUUCAGAGUCUUUUCACUGUCAUCAGAGUUCAAGAACAUCACUGUACGAGAGGAAGAGAAACUUGAACUGCAGAAGUUGUUGGAACGUGUUCCUAUUCCCGUCAAGGAGAGCAUUGAAGAGCCUAGUGCGAAGAUCAAUGUGUUGCUGCAAGCCUACAUCUCCCAACUGAAGCUGGAGGGAUUUGCGCUGAUGGCAGACAUGGUCUAUGUCACUCAGUCUGCAGGCCGUCUGAUGCGUUGCAUUUUUGAGAUUGUUUUAAAUCGAGGUUGGGCCCAGCUGACAGACAAGACUGUGAAUCUCUGCAAAAUGAUUGACAAACGAAUGUGGCAGUCAAUGUCGCCUUUGCGACAGUUCAGAAAGCUGCCAGAGGAAGUGAUCAAGAAAAUAGAGAAGAAGAACUUCCCAUUUGAGCGACUGUAUGACUUGAAUCAUAAUGAAAUUGGUGAGUUGAUCCGAAUGCCAAAGAUGGGCAAGACAAUCCACAAGUACAUCCAUCAAUUCCCGAAACUAGAACUGUCGGUUCACAUUCAGCCAAUCACACGCUCAACAUUGAAAGUGGAACUCACCAUCACACCUGACUUCCAGUGGGAUGAAAAGAUUCACGGAUCCUCCGAGGCAUUCUGGAUCCUUGUUGAGGAUGUGGACAGUGAAGUCAUUCUACACAAUGAGUACUUUCUGCUGAAAGCAAAAUACGCCCAGGAUGAACAUCUGGUCAUGUUCUUUGUACCUGUCUUUGAGCCCCUCCCUCCACAAUACUUCAUCAGAGUUGUGUCUGAUCGCUGGCUCUCCUGUGAGACUCAACUUCCUGUUUCAUUCCGACAUCUGAUUCUUCCAGAGAAGUAUCCUCCUCCCACAGAGCUCCUGGAUUUACAGCCAUUGCCCGUGUCAGCGCUGCGGAACAGUGCUUUUGAACACCUCUAUCAGGAUAAAUUCCCCUUCUUCAACCCAAUCCAAACACAAGUCUUCAACGCAGUUUAUAACAGUGACGACAAUGUGUUUGUGGGGGCCCCCACGGGCAGUGGGAAGACUAUUUGUGCGGAGUUUGCUAUCCUGCGAAUGCUUUUGCAGAACUCUGAAGGCCGCUGUGUGUACAUUACUCCAAUGGAGGCUCUUGCUGACCAGGUUUAUACAGACUGGUAUGAGAAGUUUCAACAAAAAUUGGGCAAGAAAGUUGUCUUGCUAACUGGGGAGACCAGCACAGAUCUCAAACUGCUGGGCAAAGGGAACAUCAUUAUCAGCACCCCAGAGAAAUGGGACAUCCUUUCCAGGCGAUGGAAACAGAGGAAAAAUGUCCAGAACGUAAACCUCUUUGUUGUGGAUGAAGUUCAUCUGAUUGGUGGAGAGAACGGGCCCGUUCUGGAAGUUAUUUGUUCCCGAAUGCGAUACAUCUCCUCCCAGAUUGAGCGGCCGAUCAGGAUUGUGGCUUUAAGUUCGUCAUUAUCAAAUGCAAAAGAUGUGGCACAUUGGCUUGGCUGCAGCACCACAGCGACUUUCAACUUCCAUCCCAACGUGCGGCCUGUCCCCCUGGAGUUGCACAUACAGGGCUUCAAUGUCAGCCACACUCAGACACGACUGUUGUCCAUGUCCAAACCUGUCUACCAUGCCAUCAUGAAGCACUCACCCAAGAAACCAGUCAUUGUCUUUGUCCCCUCCCGCAAGCAGACCAGGCUGACAGCCAUCGAUAUCCUCACGUUCUGCGCUGCUGACAUUCAGCCACAAAGGUUUUUGCACUGUACAGAGAAAGAUUUGAUUCCAUAUCUUGAGAAACUCAAUGACAACACACUAAAGGAGACACUUGCUAAUGGAGUCGGUUAUCUGCAUGAGGGACUCAACCUGACAGAACGUAGGAUUGUGGAACAGCUUUUCCGUUCUGGUGCAGUGCAGGUGGUGGUGGCAUCUCGUAGUCUGUGCUGGGGAAUGAAUAUCUCCUCCCACCUUGUCACCAUCAUGGAUACUCAGUACUAUAAUGGGAAAAUUCAUGCGUAUGUGGAUUAUCCCAUUUAUGAUGUUCUGCAGAUGGUGGGACGUGCUAACCGGCCCUUACAGGACGAUGAAGGACGUUGUGUAAUAAUGUGUCAGGGGUCAAAAAAGGAUUUCUUCAAGAAGUUCUUGUAUGAGCCACUACCAGUCGAGUCCCAUCUUGAUCAUUGCCUACACGACCAUUUCAAUGCUGAGAUUGUCACCAAAACCAUAGAAAACAAGCAAGACGCUGUGGACUACCUCACUUGGACCUUCCUUUACCGAAGGAUGACCCAGAAUCCAAAUUACUACAAUUUACAGGGUGUGUCCCACAGACAUCUUUCGGAUCAUCUCUCCCAGUUGGUGGAAAAUACUCUCAAUGACCUGGAGCAGUCCAAAUGCAUCAGCAUAGAGGAUGAGAUGGAUGUGGCCCCACUGAAUCUGGGAAUGAUCGCAGCUUAUUAUUACAUCAAUUACACCACCAUCGAGCUGUUCAGUAUGUCUCUGAAUGCCAAAACAAAAAUUCGGGGCCUCAUUGAAAUCAUCUCCAAUGCAGCCGAGUAUGAAAACAUUCCCAUCAGGCACCACGAGGACAAUCUGCUGCGACAGCUGUACCAGAAGGUUCCUCACAAGCUGAACAACCCGAAAUUCAAUGACCCGCACGUGAAAACAAACCUCCUCCUGCAGGCACACCUUUCCCGCAUGCAGCUGAGUGCUGAGCUACAGUCUGACACAGAGGAGAUUCUCAGUAAGGCGAUCCGCUUAAUCCAAGCUUGUGUGGAUGUGCUGUCCAGCAAUGGCUGGCUUAGUCCGGCUCUGGCUGCGAUGGAACUGGCCCAGAUGGUAACGCAAGCCAUGUGGUCCAAGGACUCGUACUUGAAGCAGCUUCCACACUUCACAUCAGAACAUGUCAAACGCUGUACAGACAGGGGGACUGACAGUAUCUUCGAUAUCAUGGAAAUGGAGGAUGAUGAGCGCAACAUGCUCCUUCAGCUCACUGACGCACAGAUGAUGGACGUUGCCCGGUUCUGUAACCGGUAUCCUAACAUCGAGCUCUCCUAUGAGGUGAUCGAUAAAGAAAACAUCAAAAGUGGCUCCUCAGUCGUGGUAAUGGUACAGUUGGAGCGUGAGGAAGAAGUGACCGGACCUGUCAUUGCACCUCUAUUCCCUCAGAAACGCGAGGAAGGAUGGUGGGUGGUGGUUGGUGACCCCAAGACAAACAGCUUGAUAUCUAUCAAGAGGCUGACCCUGCAACAGAAAGCUAAGGUGAAGCUAGAUUUUCUUGCUCCAGCUCCCAGUACCCAACAUUACACACUGUAUUUCAUGAGUGAUGCAUAUAUGGGCUGUGAUCAGGAGUACAAAUUCAGCAUUGAUGUCAAGGAAGCAGAAAGUGAAGGCGAGAGUGACUCUGACUAAGCAGCUGAAUUGAAGUUCCGUUGCUUUGUAAAAGUGGCUGAGGCUGUGCUUGGAUCCUAAAGAACCUCCAAAACGUCUCUGUAAUUGUUAAUACAGUAUUGAGCAACUCCACUGUUUUAACUUGAUAAAGAAAUUGAAACUGAUCUGCUUUUGUUGUAGAUUAUAUUUUUUAGUAAAUGUGUAGUUCUUUUCAACUGUGCCAAAUUUCCAGGAAUAUAUACUCUAGGUUUGAAAAUUUGAAGUUGCUUAUCACUGGCUGCUUCUACAGC